CUCCUACUCUAAUUCAUUAGGAUCUCAGCUGCGGUUGUUGGUUCGUCGGCGUCGAGCACAGACGGACCAUUUCAGCGAGCUCUCACACACAGAAUCACAGAGCUGAACCUGUUUUGUCGGAAUAGCAGCUCUCUGGCUUUGGACACAACUCAGGUAGCGACAUUUUUAAAUAAACAUGAGGAUAAAUCACCGGGCUUCUGAAUGGAGGAUUGAUUCCUGAAGCUUGUUUUUCCGGAGCUCACGUUUCGUUUUUGCGAAAGUGAUGAAUGACAAUGAGAGGAAAAUACCAGAAGAUAACCAAAUCCGACCUCGUCAUGGAUACGAGAUUGCAGUGAUGCUGUGGGAACAGCUGUGACUCAAUUAAGUCAGAAAAGAUCAAAUCCGAAAACAGCGACAAGUUCCUCAGAACACUGGGAUUCUGCCUUUUACUGAUCAGAUGCGGCAGAUGUUAGUUUGCUGAGAGCAGGUUCAUAGAUCCUGAGUAGCCUACCGAGCAGACCUCCCUUCACACAGAGCGGAGGAUGAUCCCCGGGGCCCCCAGCACGACCACCACCAUGCUCCCCGCCGCCGAGGCUGCCAAAAUCUACCAGACCAACUACGUGCGCAACUCCCGCGCCAUCGGCACCCUAUGGGCCAUCUUCACCAUCCUCUUCGCCAUCGUCAACGUGGUGUGCUUCAUCCAGCCGUACUGGAUCGGAGACGGCAUGGACACCCCGCAGGCGGGCUACUUUGGUCUGUUCCACUACUGCAUCGGGAACGGGCUGUCCCGGGACUUGACCUGUCAGGGUAGCUUCACCGAGUUCAGCACCAUCCCCUCCGGUGCGUUCAAGGCCGCCUCCUUCUUCAUCGGCAUGUCCAUGGUGCUGGUCCUCACCUGCAUCGGCUGCUUCGCUCUCUUCUUCUUCUGCAGCACUGGCACCGUGUAUAAGAUCUGCGGCUGGAUGCAGCUCGCUGCAGGUACAUGUCUGAUUCUGGGCUGCAUGAUCUACCCGGACGGCUGGGACAGCGACGAGGUGAAGCGGAUGUGUGGCGAGCAGACGGACAAGUACACGCUGGGGGCCUGCUCGGUGCGCUGGGCCUACAUCCUGGCCAUCAUGGGCAUCUUGGAUGCUCUUAUUCUCUCCUUUCUGGCCUUUGUCCUGGGGAACCGUCAAGACAGUCUGAUGUCUGAGGAGCUGCUGGGAGACAAGAGCGGCAAUAAUACCAUAUAAUAUCUGGUCUUGCUGCCUAGGCUUGAUGUUACUUCAGGAUCCAGCUUCCCUCUCCUGGUCCAGCCUGUGGCUGAGAUGCAGAGCUGAUAUGUGGGGAAAGAACAGAUCAAAGAAGAGGAGGUCUGGAAGAGGUCAUACAACCUUGGUGGGAACCAGGAUGCCACCUGUCCUCUCUGAAAGCUCCCCCCUGUAAAAUAGCCUUUUCAUUCAACUCAAACUGCUUAAUCUCACAGGAUGAAUUCUCAAAAAGACUAAAAGUUUACCUGUGUUUGUAUGUCACUGCAUCAUCUUUUCUAGAGCUGAAAUGAUUGUCCAUGUGGAUAUGAGGAAGGCUGCCGGUGCGCAAGUUAAGCUGAAUUUUAUUUAUUUAAAGACUCUUCAUGCGGUAGUAUAGCUCCAGGACACACACCACUGAGCGAAGGCUGCUCAAAUCAAAUUAAAUCAAAACAACUUUUCCAGACUUCGACUGACAAUAAGAAGUGAUAAGAAGAACUGAAAUAAGACUUGAGGUCAAAGCUAUCAGAUCUAAUUUCUUAUCGAGUCAACAAACGCUCUGCAAUGGACAGUUUGACCUUUGAUUUAAAGAAGAGCAAAGUGAGGACUGAAGAAAAUGAUGAAUGAGGCUGGACAAAAGAAGAGCGAGAGCAGUAUUGUUUUGUUAUAUUUACAUGUUUGAUGUUAUAGAAUCAAAGGUAGUAAUUAGAGGUUUUGCUGGUGACAACUUUGCAAAAAAAAAUGCUAAAAAGGAGAAAACAUCAAUUGUAUCAAGUAUAUAAUCUGUGUAUAGCUAUAUGUUUAUUAUGUCCCUGUAUUUUGUCUUGACUUUGAAAUGUACACUUUGAAAUGUCAAGCUAUUGGUCCAUUAUUAGUGUAUACCAUACAAUAUCUUGUAAUCUGACAGUAUUGUGGAGUACUAAAGGGAGUAAGAAAAGUUAAACUGAACAUUAAUUGAAGCUGGA